AUGUCGACACCAUCUGCCAUCCCACAAGGCUCCACUGUUCUCGUAACAGGUGUGAACAGCUACAUGGGCUCUCACGUCGCAGAUCAGCUCCUUCUCGCAGGAUACAAAGUACGCGGUACUGCUCGUGAUGCGUCCAAGGCGAAUCGGAUGCAAGAGCUAUUCAAGAAGAAGUAUGGAACGGGGAAGUUCGAGGGUGUCGUCGUCCAAGACAUGAGUGUCGAGGGCGCGUACGAUGAAGUCAUCAAAGGUGUCAGCGCCGUUGCACAUAUCGCAGCCAACCUCUCCAUGGCUUCUGACCCAAAUGUUGUCAUUCCCGAGACGGUAAACGGAGCCCUCAAUGCACUUCGUGCUGCAGCCAAACAACCCACCGUCAAACGAGUCGUAAUCACCUCUUCCGCCGCAGCCGUUUUCAUCCCCAAACCCGACCGCCCCAUCGAGCUUACCCCCGAAAUGUUCAACGACGAGGCGGUCAAGAUGGCUUGGGAUAGUGUCGGGCAGACGCCUGCGCCACAAAGUCCUGAAGCUUACAUGCUCGGAGUCCUUGUGUAUGCGGCAUCGAAAACAGAGGCGGAGAAGGCGUGUUGGAAGUUUGUGGAGGAGAAGAAGCCGGGCUUUGAGUUCAGUACGGUGGUGCCUACCAUCACUUUCGGUCCGUUGUUGGAUAAAGAGAAUGUAUCCUCGUCGGCGAAGUGGGUCGAUUGGAUCCUCAAGGGCGCCCCCGAAGUUGGGCAUUUGCUUGCCGUCUUGGGCUCUCAGUACUUCGUCGACGUCCGAGACUCUGCUCGUCUGCAUCUCGCCGCUCUGACCAAUCCCACCGUCAAAUCCGAGCGCAUCUUCGCAUUCGCAUCGAUUUUCACCUGGACCGACAUGUUCACCGUCCUUCGCAAAGCCUUCCCGGAUCGCAAGGUGCACGAUGAUAUCCCGAACGAGCCGAAAGAUCUCACCACGAUCAAGACGUGGGAGAGGAGUGUCGAGUUGUUGAAGGCGCUAGGCCAGGACGGGUUCGUUAGCUUGGAAGACUCCUUGAAGGCGAAUGCGGAGGCGUUCAUCUAGAUACAAUCAUUACUUCGUUACUGAAUACUGGCUUUAGGGGUUAGACUGUUGUACUUAAGUGCCUCAAACUCC